UGUACAAGGCAUUAAGUAAGAAUCUGCUUAAGCUAUAAGCAAAUCAAAAGCAAAGCUUUAAACAAACCAAAAAGCAUUUAUCAUCCAUUCAUUCACCAAGUUCCUUUGAAGAUAUAAAGCAACGUUCUUUUUAAGUGGUUGAAGAUAAAUUUCUCUUUUGUUUCUUCGUCUUCUUCAUCUAUAAUUAAACUCUUGGGCUCACACAAAGUCAAGAAUCAAAAUCAAGAUUUCAGAUUCAAUGGUUGGUAUAUUUUCAAGAUUCUCUGUUGGUAGAAGCAGCCAUCGACGAACACAAAGUGCAAUCGAUGAUAAGGAAGUAUUGGCUCCAAAUUCUGAUGUUGCUGCAGCAACUACCACAACUGCAACAACUGCUACUCAUGGGAUUGAAGUAGCUACAGAAUUUAAACCGGUGGAACAUCCGGUCGAGCCUUUGGAUAACCAUUUACCGAUUCAGUGUCCAUUGCCUGAACCAUCCAUUCUUAAUGAUGGAAGAAUCUGGAAGGAGAGAGUAUCGGCGUCUAUGAUGAGAAAAGGUGAUUUGCAAACUGCGAAAGAUGAGGCUGCUUCUGAGUCUGAUGGAUCCGCACCAAAACCGCCUCGCCCGCCUCAGCCAAAUCGUUCGAUCUUGCCAUCACUUAGUGCCCCUGAACACAACUUGCUAAAUCUACUAGAAGAAUGCAGUACGAUGCCGCCGGUAACAUCUAAGAAUGGAUGAACAAAGUUCCUUAAACUCUAUAUAGUUUAUAAGAUAUUAUCACACCGAUACAAGCUUGUUCCUCAAAACAACUCUUGAAUCUUUGUUUUUCGUUGUUAAUGAUUUUACUUAUGUGUGUGCCAGAACAAAUCCAAAUCAUAGUGUAUGUUAUAUAUAUUAUAUAGGAAACUAAGGUUCAUUAAGCUUAUGCUUUAUAUAUCUCAA